ACUACUUAUCAGCAAACGAAACAGAAUCCUCAUCAUUAGCAGUGGCAGCUAAAGUCUUUAGUUUUAGUCGCCAUCAGUUCAUUGUAUUAGAAAUUGAGUUUUCAAACCGUUACACCGGUGUAUUUCUCUAAACAAACACUUCACUCCGAUUGUACUGUCAUUGCGGACAUGUCUGCCUCUCUGUGACACCAAUGGAGAAUUCAGAGACAAGUUCCACUUGCGGAGGCCUGACAGUGCCGGACGGAGUCAUGGCGCGACCCUCCGGUCCCCCUGGUCAGCUGGCCGAGUCAGCCAGGUCCUCCAAGCACAGGGAGCACCCAUCCAAGUCACCAAGGAGACGACGGGAAGGGAAGAGGUCGCAGCGGCGGGGGGAUGGUCAUGAACAGCUGCUCUGGGAGACGGAGAGGCGAAGGUUACCAGGCCAACACGAGCAUUUGGAGCCCUCUGGGUCAGCGAGUGACACACUGGAAAGCUCACCUAAGAGGAGAGCCCACUUUCUACAUGGACCAUAUCCAGCCACUCACUUUGGACCCAAAGCCUGUAUUCUUCCCAAUCCAACUUCAGUCAUGCACAUUCAGGACCCAGCCAGCCAGCGGCUCACCUGGAAUAAACCUCCAGUCAACGUGCUUGUCAUCAGGAAAAUCAGAGAUGAGAGCUUGGUGGAGCCUUUCAAAGAGCUCUGCAGAUUUCUGGUGGAGGAGAAGCAGAUGAUGGUGUACGUGGAACGCAGAGUUGCAGAUGAUGCUUUGCUGUCAAAGGACGAGGCCUUUGGCUCCAUACGCAACCAACUCUGCACCUUCAGAGAAGGUUUUGAUGACAUCUCUGAUUGUAUUGACCUGAUCAUCUGUCUUGGUGGAGAUGGAACUCUGCUUUAUGCCUCCUCUCUAUUCCAGGGAAGCGUUCCUCCAGUUAUGGCCUUCCACCUCGGCUCGCUGGGUUUCUUGACUCCCUUCAAGUUUGAGUCAUACAAAACUGAAGUUGCCAAAGUAUUUGAAGGAAAUGCUGCCAUCACUCUGCGCAGCCGUCUGAAGGUCAAGGUGGUGAAGGACAUGCUUCAGAGAACGGGCAGAGAACCAGCCCAGCAGCCACAAGAGCACAACGGCAUCCUGACUCAUGGACACAGUGAAGCUGGAAAGGUCACGCUGCAGCUACAGGUGUUGAAUGAGGUGGUGAUCGAUCGAGGUCCAUCUUCUUACCUGUCCAACGUGGACUUGUACCUUAACGGACGACUCAUCACAUCAGUGCAGGGAGACGGUGUGAUUGUGUCCACGCCCACAGGCAGCACAGCGUAUGCAGCUGCAGCCGGAGCUUCAAUGAUUCACCCUAAUGUCCCAGCCAUCAUGGUCACACCCAUCUGCCCACACUCACUCUCCUUCAGGCCCAUCGUCGUCCCCGCUGGAGUGGAGCUCAUGAUCACUCUGUCUCCAGAUGCCAGAAACACAGCCUGGGUUUCAUUUGACGGCAGGAAGAGACAGGAGAUCCAGCAUGGAGACUGUAUCAAGAUAACCACUUCCUGUUACCCGGUGCCAUCCAUUUGCUGCCACGAUCUGGUCUACGAUUGGUUUGAGAGCCUGGCUCAGUGUUUGCACUGGAACGUCCGUAAGAGGCAAGCCCGACUGGCCGAAAUCUCUGACUCGUCAGACACGGAAAACUGAAUCCGUCCGACUUCACAGCAGCUGACAAGAACGUCAGCCGUUCCUUGGUUCGAUUCCUGGUCUUUCACUAUGAGGUUUGUACGUCCUGCCCAGCAUAUGCGUCGGUUUUCUCUGGGUCUUUUGGUUUGUUUACGGCCCUGUGAUGGACUGAUGAACUGCCCCGACGCCCUCAACUGACGACACCUGAAAUUUGACUCCAACAAUGAUGAAUGAAGACGUCAAAGUACGUGAGAGCUUAGGUUUAAAUAAACUUUGUUGUAAAUCUGUACAUAUAUGCUAUUAGGAUUAAGUUAUUUGCUGUGAUACUUACAUAAUAUAUUAAAUUAAAAUAGACAAUUAAAAUAGAGAUUGGUGACUGUACAUGUCACUUUAAGUUAAGAAGCUAACAUGCAGUAUUUCUUUAUCGUGCAGUUGUACCAAAAAAACUCACUGUAAUUAAUUUAUUGUCCAGGGCAGAAAACACAAUAAAAGUGUCUCUCAACA